CCCACAUACACAUCUCGAUCUACCCUCUACCACAAUGGAGCAGUGGUCCAAAUUCACCCAAAACGUAAACCAGAACGUAGGUCCCCUCGGGCAGCGUCUCACAAAGGGCUUUGGGUCUAUCGGCCAGCAAGUGGGCAAUCUGGGACAGCAAGCCAGAGAGAGGUUUGGAAAUGUCGAUGAGCAGGACAUUACCGAGUUGCCCCAGGAAUAUCGUGACUUGGAGGCGAGGGUGGAUGGGCUGAAGAACGCUCACACGUCGCUGUUGAAGGUCGCAAAGGCUUAUGAGAGCGAGGCGUAUGAUUACCCUACGCAAGUGCAGGAGUCGGUCAAUCUCCUCUCCUCUCAAGUAUCCCACUCCGUCACCUCCUGGGCCGCCUCAGCAGCAAAGGGCACCAACCUGCCCCCGAUCCAACCCACCUCUGCUCCCGACCAAGUGCACCGCACCCUCGCCCACGCCCUCUCUCGCGCAUCUGCCUCGGGAGCUAUCCAGCUCGGAGCCUCUGCAACCAAUAUCGCCGGAUUGCCCAAUGCUGCCAACACUCCUGGUGAGACGGCGAGCCCUUCGAAGCUCGGAGAGGCACUGCAGAAGUUUGCACUUGGUCAGGAUCGAUUGGGAAAUGCUAGACUGAGCCAGGAUGAGGAGAUCAAGGAAGGCUUCCUUAAGCCUUGGCAGAGCUUUGGUACUCAGAUCAACGUAGCCAUGAAGGCGCGAAGCUCGGUCAACUCCUCUCGCCUGCACCUCGACUCCUGGAAGGCAACCCUCAAAGCGACUGAAGCGUCCGGCAAUCCUCAAAAGCUCGAUGCUCAACGUCUCGAGGUGGAAAAGGCCGAGGAUCAGCUCGUAGCUGCCACCGAAGAGGCCAUUGCUGCCAUGAAGGCCGUUACGGAGAACCCAGAGGGAGUCAAAGCCCUUGCGGCACUCGUCAAGGCUCAAGCAGAGUUCCAUAAGAGUGCGGUGGAGGUUCUGGGACAGUUGGCGGGAGAGAUUUCACAGGUGGCAAUUAGUAGCGAGAACGAGUACAGGGCUAGCAGACAGUGAGAGAAGGGAGGCAAGGGGCGAAAGCGCUGUCCGUACUGGACGAGUAAUGUGGGAGUAUGGCCUGGACACGCAGUGCAUCAAACACGCUUUUGUUCUGCAGUGCAGCUCGGCAAUGUUCUCAUUCCUCCUUCGGGCUUGUGAUGCAGAAAUCAGAUAUCAGAU